CUUUGCACAGUGUACAAUAGUAAGCAAAGGCAAGAUGGAAUUCCAUAACAAUAAUUGAUUCAUAGCUUUUUUGACCGAAACUGAGAUGAACGUGGUGAAAAGAAAGGGUAUAAAAAACUACUACAUUUAAAAGUACCUUGCUGUAGAUGAAUCAGGCAACUUAAAGCCAAAUGAAAAUGCAGCUUAGAUGGAAGUUAAUAACGAACCGGAGGUCAUAUCUGUUGAAAAUCCAUUGGCCGCAAUAAAAAGAAAGAUCUAUGAGAAGAAUAGUGUGGCUUUCAACUGGAUGGAAGGAAUGGAGUAUAAUCCAUUAUCCCCGGAAUUAUAUAUUCGAAGAAUGGACGUCUCUACUACUACAUCAUCUAAUGAGAAUGAAAAGUCUCAACUCGCAUUAGAAACACAACCUCCAAAAAUUGACUAUCAACCGACACCAAUACAGAAGAAUAACACAGCAUCUUUAGAAACACAACCUCAAAAACUGAACGAUCAACCGACACAAUCCACAUCUCGAGGAAUAUUUCCGAAGAGAAUGGAAAUGCCGGAUUCAUGCUCCGAUGCAACACUAAAAUCACACAUUACGCCAGUAAACAGUUUCAGACAUACCCACAGCUCCGGAUUGAAAAUAAAAAAUAGAACAGACAGCGAAAAUCAACCAUCAACUUCUCAGCACACACCAGACGACAAACAAUUACAAAUCGAAAGAAUAAAAGCAGCCAAAGAUAGAAAUGCAGAAAAAUGAAAAAAAUUAAACUAUUGGAACCUAAACCGUUAUCAAAAAAAGCAAAAAAAAGUGAUGAUCCUAGAGAUAAUUUCUGGUCAGCGAUGUUUCGAAAUGUUAGGAGCAACAAAAAGUAGAUUUAAGUUUCUACUUAUUCACUUUUAUCUUCUUUAAAAGUCUUAGUAUUUUUUCAUUUCUG